AAACCCGGCCCAUAUCAAGUCUACUAACAAAGACCCAAUCCUAUAAAACAAUCACUAAACCCUAAUUCGAGUACAAAUUUGCAUCUCCGCCUCUCUGCAAACCCUAGGAAACCGCAGCUCCCGCGACAAUGCCUUUUAAGCGUUAUGUUGAAAUUGGGCGAGUCGCUCUCGUCAACUACGGAAAAGACUACGGCAAACUCGUUGUCAUCGUCGAUGUUGUUGAUCAGAAUCGCGCUCUUGUUGAUUCCCCUGACAUGGUCAGAUGCCAAAUCAACUUUAAGAGGCUCACGCUGACAGACAUUACCAUUGACAUCAAAAGGACCCCAAAGAAGAAAGAGCUGGUUAAAGCAAUGGAAGCUGCAGAUGUCAAGAACAAGUGGGAGAACAGCUCUUGGGGAAGAAAGCUGAUUGUUAAGAAGCGGAGAGAAGCUCUAACUGAUUUCGAUAGGUUCAAGCUGAUGUUGGCGAAGAUAAAGAAAGCUAGCCUGGUCAGGGAAGAGCUUGCUAAGCUAAAGAAGCAGACCAAAGCAUAAACAUUAUGUUAUGAAAUUUCCAGUAGUUAGUAUCUCGGUAUUGCUUUUUCCUUUGGCAAGUCAUAAGAGUGGUACUUUGUUUCUUUUGUGGGCUGCAAAGAUUUUUGGCUAGCCAAGUAUUUUCCUUCUAAGUUGGUUCUUGGCUUGUGUACUAUUAAGAUCAGAGAGAGACAAUUCUUAAUUGACGUGCAAUGAAAAUUAUGUUUUUGUGGACA